UUCACUUCUCUUUCUAUCAUUUUCAUGGAUGAAGAAAUACCAAAAAUUUCCAAAAGAUGGGAAGGCAAAGCCACAACACAACUUGAAACAAUCAAAGCAGAAGAUAUAUGGCCACUCAUUGAAGACUUUUGCAACAUUCAUAAAUGGCUUCCAACUAUUGACACAUGCCACCAUGUUCAAGGAGACCACGGACAACCCGGUCUAGUAAGGUAUUGUGCCUCUACCUUAGACAACGACAAUAAUAAUAAUACCGCGGUCAAGUGGUGCCACGAGAAGCUUAUAUCGAUAGAUCAUGCACACCGGUGUUUAAGCUAUGAGAUUAUGGAAAAUAACAUUGGGUUUACUUGUUAUAUGGCUGAGUUGAAAGUGAUCGAGAAUAUUGAUGAUCAUGGGUGUAAGAUUGAGUGGUCAUUCGUGGCUGAUCCCGUACAAGGAUGGAGGUUUGAAGAUUUGUGUGGCUAUGUUGAUUCGUCUCUAAAAGCCAUGGCUGGGAAAAUGGAAGAGGCUCUUCAAGCUGCUACUAAUAAUUAAUUGAAUUCGACUACUACUCUAUGUUAUGGUAUCAAAUACUUUUAUGAUACGUCUUUUUAAACUUAUUUGUGAAAAUAACGUGUACUUUUAUUUUA